GGAAAUGACUAAGUCUAGCCCGCCCUUCCAAUUCCACCCCUGCCAAAUUCACCAUUUAUAAGGCAACGAUAGUGAGAAGUCAAGUUAGUAGUAACUUAUCAGGCGAGUCUUAACAGUUUGUGCCACAUCGCCCUCAGUAUCCAAACUCUAACACAAUGGCAUGUGAUUUGCGUGGAGGUCUUUUGCUCAUUGUUGCCGUCCUGCAAAGCGCCGUCGGACUACAAUCCAAAGAAGUUUGCCUGCUGCAAGUCGAAGAAGGAACGUGCAACGACGACAUCCAGCGUUAUUACUACAAUACGAUCACCCAGCGGUGCGAAGAGUUCAGCUACAGCGGUUGUGAAGGAAACGCAAACAACUUCAAGUCCUUCAUGGAAUGUCAGAAAACAUGCUUCAGGAUUCCAAAAAUCCCCCAGAUCUGUCGUUUUCAGAAGAAAGAGGGGCCCUGCCGUGGCCUCUUCAAGCGUUAUUUCUUCAAUAUGACCUCUAUGCAGUGUGAACCCUUCACUUAUGGCGGUUGCCAAGGGAAUGAAAACAAUUUUCAAAACCUCCAGGAAUGCAUUGAAUAUUGCAGACCUUCUAAAACAACCCCUGUGAUUUGCAGCGAUAUUUUGGACAAAGGAAGGUGCAAAGCUUCCAUCCCGAGAUAUUACUACAACUCUGCUACAAAGACAUGUGAGGAGUUCAUAUACACAGGAUGCGGAGGAAGCAACAAUAACUUCAUCUCCAGACAAAGCUGUAUGGAUGUUUGUGGUAAAAACGGGAGCAAGCAUUGGAGUCCCACUAAAAAGUCUGUGAGAGUUUCCAAAGAAUACUUAAGACGAGUAAAGUCCCAGCUACCGAAGGAGAAGUCGGCCGAAUAAUAGUUUACGAACUCAUUGGCACUGUAUUACUGACAAAGACGAUUGCACUGACUUUACAGAAUUGGAAUUGAAGGCAGCAGUUCAUACACAUCUCACUCUGUGUAUAAAUGAUAUUGAUUUGUAUUUUAAAAGAUUUGUUUAAUAAAAAGUUUGUUUAAUAUUUUGUGCAUUUGUAAAAUGCUUAUUGUAUUUUGAAUAAAAUCGACUGUUAUUACUUGUAUUAUUAAAUGCAACAUUUUGUGAAGUCUAACACUGUGAUGAAGCAAUAAGGUUUAGUCGAUGGUAUUUAAUUUGCUUAUGUUUUAUACUCAGUAUAUUUAAUGGAAUGUUUAUUUCACACUGAUAGCAGAUCUAUAAAUAUAAAACAAAUUGUCUCAUGCCUUCAGUGGCAGAAUUAAAAAAAAACCAAAUAAACCUUGAAUGCAAGCAUUAUGAGUCUGCAUCAUCAAAUCAG